AUGGCUUCCACGGCGUCGCAGCGCGCUCUCGACUAUCUCGAAGGCCUUCCGGGCACCACCUUCACCCGCCUCUAUCAGCAGCCAUCAACCGCGCUGGCUAUCUUCCGCCGCAUGCUACCACACCUGGCUAAGACGAUAGUGAUGGCGAUGCUUUAUAUGCCAGAGCCAUUGACGGCAAAUAGUCUCGAUGCGUGGGUGAAGCCAGAUGCGGACAGUGUGGGUGUAAAAGAUCGCGCACUGAGUAUUCUGCAACGGUUGCGAAUACUGGAGGAAGAGGGCAGGGCAUACAAGCUGGCUGCGGCGUUUGCAAAGAGCUUGCGGAUGGCUUUGACUGGUGGUGGGAACCACAGAAGCUUUGGUGUGCCCUGCUCAACACCGGAUGAGAAGCCGGUGAGCGUGGACUACCUAGACACCUUCGCGCGGAAGCAGUGGGAGUCUAUCCUUUACUACGUCGUGGGGUCGGCAAACACCGAGCUGGCGGCGGCAGAGGAUAUCAGUGCGGGUACGAAGCAACUAUUGCAGAAGGGCAGCUUUGUCACGAUCCGAGGGCGAGCGGCAACAAUCACAGAUACUGGCUUUACCUUUCUGCUGCAAGAAGUCAAUGCACAGAUAUGGACAUUGCUAAUUGUGUACUUGGAAGUCUCAAGCGAGCUUCAAAUGGACCCGGUAGACGUCCUUUCCUUCCUCUUCACCCUGGGAUCCCUCGAACUUGGCACCAGCUACGCCACCACGAAUCUAACACCCACUCAACAACAAAUGCUCGACGAUCUUACAGAUUUCGGCCUGGUCUACCGCCGCACCCCAGACAGCACCCGAUACUAUCCCACUCGCCUUGCGACCACUCUCACCUCGGACGCACCGGCUCUGCCCAAUAGCAGCCUCAGCAGCACCACAACGACCGACAUCACUGCCGGCGCUCCGCAAACAGUCUCCCAACAGCAAAACGAAAAAGGCUACAUCAUAGUCGAAACCAACUACCGCCUCUACGCGUACACCAACUCCCCCCUCCUCAUCUCCAUCCUCAGCCUCUUCAGCAACCUGCAAACCCGCUAUCCUAACCUCGUCACGGCCAAAAUCACCAAAGCCUCUGUCCUCUCCGCAAUCAACACCGGCAUCAGCAGCCAGCAGAUCAUCGCCUACCUCACCACGCACGCUCAUCCAGUCCUCCGCCAUGCCACGCCCAUCCUGCCUCCCACAGUCGUCGAUCAGAUCCGCCUAUGGCAGAUUGAAGGCGAGCGCAUGACGGCGUGGAAGGGUUUCCUGAUCAAGGACGUCGGGAGCGACAAGGACUAUGAGAAGGCGGUGCAGUAUGCGGAGGCGCUUGGGGUGCUGAGGAAGGAGUUCAGGGCGAAGGGGUGGUUCUUCGUCACGCGGAUGGACCAGAUGAGCGGGUAUUUUAAGAGUCAGAACGCCAGAAGGAGGCAAGAGGCGGCUGCUGCUGCGGCGGCGGCGGGACAGGAAGGAGGAAGCUCGGCGACUUGA